CGUUGCUGUUAACAUCGGUUAUUUUUCGGCCCAUUUGCCGCUAUCCAUAUCCAAAUUCGCUUCGUAUUGCUAAAACUCCGUGUAGAAUUUUACUCUCGUUCCGGUGGGAGUAAAUAGCACGCGUAAAUUGCAAUGGCUACCCUAUGUAUCCACGAUGAUCAAGAGAACCGCGUCCCCGACAUCCGGCAAAAACAAACGAACGUCGGCAGGAAACGUGCAGUUUUGGGUGUCAUCGAUUCGAACAAAGCGCAGCAAAAUAUCCAGAUAAUCAAAACCAAACAACCUUUAGGUGUUCAAAACUGCAAUGUUAGCCAGAAGGACCAAGAAAAUGUCUCCAACAGAGAAAACAGGAAGAACUUGGUCAACCCAGUUGUGCCAGUGGCCCAAUUUGAGGCCUUCAAGGUCUAUGAAGAUACCACCAUGGAAGAACGAAGGGCCAAGAUUGAUGCAAAGUUAAAGAUGAAAACAUCUUCUAAUCAAGUCUAUACUGGCACUGAGGAGAGAUUCCUCACCAAAACUGAGGCCGCCGAGAUUCUCAAACAGAGAAAGGAGAAAGAGGAGGCUGAAAGACCAAAAGUGAGGCCUGAAGAUGUAGAACUUGAAAUCUGUCCCAUGAGCAUCGAGAAGAAUGAGAAUGAAGUUCUUGCUGAGGAGGUAAUACUCAAGACAGGACAGAAGAAAGAUGUAUUCUUUGAAAUGGAAGAGUACAGGGAUGAUAUCUUCAAAUAUCUUCGUGAACAUGAGAUGAAGAACAGACCCAAACCUGGCUACAUGAAGAAACAACCGGACGUGACCCCGAACAUGCGCACAAUCCUCGUUGAUUGGCUUGUGGAGGUCGCCGAGGAGUACAAGCUGCAAUGCGAAACCUUGUACCUUGCCGUCAAUUUUAUCGACCGCUUCCUUAGUUAUAUGUCCGUUGUGCGUGCCAAGCUUCAACUCGUCGGUACCGCUGCUAUGUUUCUGGCCUCGAAAUACGAGGAAAUCUACCCACCGGACAUUGGAGAGUUUGUCUACAUUACCGAUGAUACGUACAACAAAAGACAGGUAAUCCGUAUGGAGCAACUGAUUCUCAAGGUUCUUGGAUUUGAUUUGUCCAUUCCCACGCCAUUGACAUUUAUUCACGCAAUUUGCGUGUCAACCAGGUUGACGGAAAAGACGCUGUAUUUAGCUAUGUAUCUCAGUGAAUUAUCGAUGCUGAACGGCGACGUCUAUUUGGAGUAUCUUCCGUCGAUGAUCGCUGCGUCGGCCAUCGCCCUAGCCAGACACACCCUGACCGAGGAGCCCUGGACCAAUGAACUCGUCGCCUACACUGGCUACGAGUUGGACGACCUACAGAAAUGCAUCGAAUUUCUGAACGUGAUGUUUAGAAUGGCGCCACUCCAUUCCCAACACGCCAUCCAGGACAAAUACAGGAAGCAGAAGUAUCUGAUGGUGUCUAAUCUGCGCCCCAACAUCAAGCCCAUAUACUAAGACUGAAGAAUUUUUAUAAUUUUAUUGUAUUGGGACGAAUGUGCCUUGUUUUUAUAUGUAUUCAGCUUUUACUUACAGUUUUGUCUGACUUUUAAUCUGUUUAUCUAUUCAAAUUUUCGUCAACUACGGUUGAACAUUUUCGAAUGUCUUUUAUGAUUUUGUUAUUGUCAACAGAGUACACAAGAAUCAUCAGUGUUUUAAUGUUUUUUCGCGUGUCUAUGAUUCAUGCAGAUUUUGUUACUCUGAUAUAUUUGUACAUAUAUUUAUUUUUUAGUGAUGUUUGUCAUUAAUGGACAAAUCGAUUUUAUUUUAAGAAUAUUUUUACGUAGUUUACUUUUUCUAUAUUUACGACAUGACGUUUCGAUGUCAAAUGAAAUCUCGUUCAGAUUUGCAAUAAAACGUUUAGUGUAA